GUCACAUGUUUUCUCAUUCUCUUUCUAGUUAGCUGGCUUUCUCCUUCCAUUUGACUGUGACUCCAGAUAAAUUUCAAGAAAAUGGCCACUGAGGGGAAGGCCUCUGAGGAGAGGAUUUCUCAAUUUGAUUAUGAUUUGCUCCCAGAGCUGAGUACCCUUCUGGGCAUAGAUGCUGUUCAGAUGGCAAAGGAAAUGGAAGAAAAUGAAGAGAAAAUCCGAGCGAAAAUGCAGAAAGGCUUUAACUCACAAAUGCGCAGUGAAGUCAAAAGGUUAAAGACUUUCAUGACCUACGAGUCAUUUAGUUCAUGGAUACCAUCAGAGAUGGCAGCAGCUGGGUUUUACUUCACUGGGGUAAAAUCUGGGAUUCAGUGCUUCUGCUGUAGCUUAAUCCUCUUUGGUACCAGCCUCAGAAAACUUCCCAUAGAAAAUCACAAGAAAUUUCGUCCACACUGUGAGUUCCUUCUGGGCAAAGAUGUUGGUAACAUUGCCAAGUAUGACGUAAGGGUGAAGAAUCCAAGGAAGAAGCUGAGAGGGGACAAAGCAAGGUACCGAAAUGAGGAGACCAGACUCGAAUCCUUCAAGAAUUGGCCAUUUUAUGCCCAUGGGAUAUCCCCACAUGCCCUCUCAGCUGCGGGCUUCAUCUUUACAGGUGAAAGGGACACUGUGCAGUGUUUUUCCUGUGGUGGAUGCUUAGGAGACUGGGAAGAAGGAGACAGUCCUUGGAAGGAACAUGCCAAGUGGUUCCCCAAAUGUGAAUAUCUUCAAAGUAAGAAAUCCUCAGAUGAAAUUGCCCAGUAUAUUGAAAGCUACAAGGGAUUUGUUGAUGUAACGGGAGAACAUUUUGUGAAUUCCUGGGUUAAAAGAGAAUUGCUUAUGGCAUCAGCUUAUUGCAAUGACAGUGUCUUUGCUAAUGAAGAACUACGGCUGGACACUUUUAAGAAAUGGCCCCACAAAUCAGGUCUGAAAACUGCAGCUUUGGCUAGAGCAGGUCUUUUCUACACAGGUGUAGAGGACAUUGUUCAGUGUUUUUCCUGUGGAGGAUGUUUGCAUAACUGGAAGGAAGAGGAUGACCCAUUAGAAGAUCAUACCAAACAUUUUCCCAAUUGUCCAUUUCUCCAAAAUAUGAAGUCCACUGCAGAAGUGAUUCCAGACCUUCAGAGCCAUGGUGAACUUCCUGAAGUAAUGGAAACUACAACCGAAAACAAUCUUGACUAUUCAGAAGCAGUUAAUUCUAUAGGGCCAGAAGUGGCACAGGACAAAACCCAAUGGUUUCAAGAGGCAAAGAAUCUGAGUGAGAAACUGAGAACAGUCUACACCAGUGCCAGUUUCCGCCGCAUGUCUUUGCUGGAGCUCUCUUCCAAAGUAGCCACUGACCACUUGCUGGGUUGUGAUCUGUCCAUCAUUUCAAAGCAUAUCAGCAGCACUGUGCAAGAACCCAUGGUGUUGCCUGAGGUCUUUGCCAACUUGAACUCUGUAAUGUGUGUGGAAGGUGAAACUGGUAGUGGAAAGACGGUCCUAUUGAAGAAAAUAGCUUUUCUCUGGGCAUCAGGAUGCUGUCCUCUGCUGAACAGAUUCCAGCUGGUCUUCUAUCUCUCCCUUAGUUCUACCAGACCAGACCAGGGGCUGGCCAGCAUCAUUUGUGACCAACUCCUAGAGACAGAAGGAACUGUUACUGAAAUAUGCCUGAUGAACAUCAUCCAGCAGUUAAAGAAUCAGGUGUUAUUCCUUUUGGAUGAUUACAAAGAAAUGUGCUCAUUCCCUCAAGUCAUAGAAAAGCUGAUUAAAAAAAACCACUCAUUAAGAUCCUGCUUGUUGAUUGCCAUCCAUACAAACAGGGCCAGGAACAUCCGCCGAUACUUAGAUACGAUUCUAGAGAUCCAAGCGUUUCCCUUUUAUAAUACUAUCUUUCUAUUACGGAAGCUCUUUCCACAUAAUAUGACUCGUCUGCGAAAGAUGAUGGUUCACUUUGGAAAGAAUACAAAUUUGCAGGGAAUUCAGAAAACUCCCCUCUUUGUGGCAGCAAUCUGUACUAACUGGUUUCAGUGUCCUUUUGAUCAGUUCUUUGAUGAUGUGGCUGUUUUCAAAUCCUAUAUGGAUUACCUUCUUUUAAAGCACAAAUCUACAACUGAACGUUUCAAAGAAAUUAUAUCUUCCUGCAGUGAGCUGGCCCUGAAAGGAUUUUUUUCAUCUUGCUUUGAGUUUACUGACAAUGACCUCGAAGAAGCAGGGGUUGAUGAAGAUGAAGAUCUAACCAUGUGUUUGAUGAGCAAAUUCACAGCCCAAAGACUGAGACCAGUCUAUCAGUUUUUAAGUCCUACAUUUCAAGAAUUUCUUGCUGGGAUAAGGCUGAUUGAACUCCUGGAUUCAGACAGGCAGGAUGAUCAAGAUUUGGGACUUUAUUAUUUGAAACAAAUUAAGUCAUCCAUGAUGGCUGUAUUUCCCUAUGAGAAUUUUUUGAAAUAUGUCUCCAGCCACCCUUCAUCAAAGGCAGGGCCAAAACUUGUAUCUCAUUUGCUUCAUUUGGUGGAUAAUAAAGAAUCAUUGGAAGAUAUGUCAGAAAAUGAUGACUACCUGAAGCACCGUCCAGAUAUUUCAACAUAUAUGGAAUUUCUUAGGGUGAUAUGGCAACUGGCUCCAAACACUUACUAUUCACUGGUUUCAAAACGGUUAUUGGCUCUUGCUCUAAAAAUUGCUUAUCAAAGUAACACUGUUGCUGCAUGUUCUCCAUUUAUUUUGCAAUUCCUUCAAGGGAGAACACUGACUUUGAAUAUACUUAAUUUACAGUACUUUUUUGACCACCCAGAAAGCCUGUUGUUGUUGAAGAGUAUUGUUGUCUCCAUACAAGGAAAGAAAAGGAAAAAUUUCCCAAAAUUUUCAUCCCUGGAAAAAUGUUGGGAAAUCAACAAAUCACAGGUACCAACUAUAGAUCAGGACUAUGCUUCUACCUUUAAACCUAUGAAAGAAUUUGAGGAAAAUGUAGCUGAACAGGAAGAGACCAUAAACAGCUUUCUGGAUUUACAACACAGGGCGCCACCAGACAUCAGUGCUGGCUAUUGGAAACUGCCUUCCAAGCAGUACAAGAUUCCCCUGCUGGAAGUCCAGGUGACCUGUGUGGAUGCUGUGGAUCAGGAGAUGCUCAGGGUUCUAAUGGAAGUUUUCUCAGCUUCACAGCACAUUGAACUCCAUUUAGAUCAUAGCAGUGGCUUUAUUGAAAGCAUCCGCCCAGCUCUGGAGCUAAAUAAGACCUCUGUCACCAAGUGCUCUAUACACCAGUGUGAACUCUGUGCCCCAGAACAGGAGUUGCUUCUCACCCUGCCUUCCCUGGAAUCUCUUAACAUCUCAGGGACAAUCCAGCUACAAGAUCAAAUCUUUCCUAACUUGGACAAAUUCCUGCACCUGAAAGAACUGUCUGUGAAACUAGAUGACAAACCAAAUACUUUUUCAGUCAUUCCUGAAGAAUUCCCAAACCUCCACCAUAUGGAGAAAUUAUUGAUUCAUAUUUUAGGUGAAGAUGAUUCUUCAAAACUAGUCACAUUGAUUCAGAAUUCUCCAAACCUUCGUGUUUUCCAUCUGAAAUGUAAUUUCUUUUCGAAUUUUGAGUCUCUCAUGACUGCACUCACUUCCUGCAAGAAACUUGAAGAAAUUUGGUUUUCUGAAUCAUUUUUUAAUGUCAUCCCAUUUGUCACCAUUUUGCCAAAUUUUCUCUCUCUGAAGAUAUUAAAUCUUUCAUUCCAACAAUUUCCAGACAAGGAAACAUCUGAAAAAUUUGCCUAUACUUUAGGUUCUCUUAAUCACUUGGAAGAGCUGAUCCUUCCUACUGGGGAUGGGAUUCGUCAAGUGGCAAAACUGAUUAUCCAGCAGUGUCAGCAGCUUCAAUGUCUCCGAGUCCUCUCCUUUUACCAAGUUUUGAAUGAUGACAGCCUGAUGGAAAUUGCCAAGGUUGCAAUCAAUGGAGGCUUCCAGAAGCUUGAGAACUUAAAUCUUUCCAUCAAUCAUGAGAUUACAGAGGAAGGAUACAGAAAUUUCUUUCGGGCACUGGACAACCUGCCCAACUUGCAAGAGUUGACCAUCUCCAGGCAUUUCACAGCCUGUAUCAAAGCUCAGGCCACCACUGUCAAGGCUUUGAGUCAGUGUGUGCUGCGCCUGCCACGCCUCACCAGUCUUCAAAUGUUAAGUUGGCUCCUGGAUGCAGAAGACCUUGCAUUGCUUGAUGCCAUGAAAGAAAGACAUCCUAAAUCGAAACACCUGAUUAUUUCAUGGAAAUGGACACUGCCAUUCUCUCCAAUCAUUCAGAAGUAAAUAAUUCAGCUAAGAA